CAGACAUCCUUGUAAGAUUUUAUUAAUAAUAUCUGAACAAUCAGGAAAAGCCGGGAUGGCAGGUGAUUCUAAAGCUACUGAUCUGGAAUCCAAGUUUUCCGAGCCCCAGGACGAAGAACCAGAGGAAUCAUAUAGCUAUAAUGGAACUUCUGAUUCUGAUGGCUCAGAGGCUUCCAGGUCGUCGUCCCCGGGUAUAGACGAUGGGGCGUUAUCAGGAGAUGACCUUAAUCCAUUGAGAAAAGCGGCGAGCUUUAUCAAGUCAGGAAAUGCCAAGGAUGUUAUUUUCCUUCUAGGAGCUGGUAUCUCCACCUCUGCUGGUAUCCCUGAUUUCCGUUCCCCUUCGACCGGUCUCUAUCAUAACCUGCAAGCAUUGGAGCUACCAUUCCCAGAAGCGGUAUUCGAGCUGGGAUUUUUCCAGAGGAGGCCUGAACCGUUUUGGACCCUGGCAAAAGAGAUAUAUCCCGGAAGACAUUUCCCUACACCUACACAUUACCUUCUUCAGCUGUUCAAUCGACACAACCUUCUAAAGCGUGUGUUCACCCAAAAUAUCGAUACGCUUGAAACCCUUGCCGGAUUGCCUCCUCAUCUCAUCGUUGAAGCCCACGGCUCUUUCGCCACUGCGCACUGCCUCAAAUGUCGACGAGAAGUCGAUAGAGAGGAGGUUCUUAAAGCCGGUGUUAGAAAAGGAGAGGUCGUCCGAUGUGAUGCGACUCUCAAGGCCAUGGGGAAAGGGAAGAAAUGCGGUGGUUUGGUGAAGCCUGAUAUCGUGUUCUUUGGGGAGGGUCUCCCAGAUCGGUUUUUCAAGCUUGUGCCAGAGCUGAGAAAAUGCGAUUUACUAAUUGUUAUUGGUACAUCACUCCAAGUUCAACCCUUCGCCUCUCUCGUCGACUACGUUCCUUCUACAUGCCCUCGUCUACUCAUCAACCGCGAAGCUGUCGGACCGUUUUCCGAUCUGGAGAGUACAUUCUCCUCCCUCCCUCCCAGUAUCUCAAAGCUCCUGAACGGUCCGAGCCCAUCGAGAGACAUGUUCUACGAAGGUGAUGCUGACCUUGGUGCCUGGAAGCUAGCGGAAGAACUGGGUUGGAAAGAUGAACUGGAGGAGAUGGUGAAAAAAGGAAGGGAAGAAUUGGAGAGGGAAUGGAGGAAGCAAGAAGGGGACGUGGCUGGGGAAGGGACGAAGGAGGCUGAGAAGACGGCGGAGAAGGUGGCAAAAGCUGUGACGAAAAAUAUUCAGGAAGGAGAGGGGCUUGAAGAAGAAGAGCUUGAAGAAGCUAUCAGAAAGGUACUCAAGCUUUAGAGAAAAGAAAGAAGCAGGUAAUGGGCGAAGGAAAACGACGCUUCGUGCCUUACUUCAAGUCGUUCAUCUGUGAGGAUUCACGUCAAAGCAACAAGAGCAACGCAGAUGUUGGACGACGUGGCAAAAUUAAAGCGAUUGUAGGCGAAGCACGAGCUGUAAUCAAGCUCAAAAUAUCAGGAAGCGGCAUGUUGACUUCGUUUUGUGUUGAGCAUGCCUUUUUUUCAAAACCUAUGAAGUAUUCCUCGAGAAGGACAAGUAUGGGUAAGCCUGGUCAACCUCAGCCGUCAAUUAUUGGCUCAGACGGGACUCCAAGUGAUUCAAUCAAUUGUACGGCUAUGCAAGCGAUUGAGAGAAUAAGUCCAUGGCGACAGAGAUAGUU